GUUUUCGUAAGCUUUGUUAUUACCUGUUAGCACAUGGCUUCUAGGCUUAACUCGGUUACGAAGAAAGCUGAUAGCAGUGUGUUACAUGCCUGCAGUUUUCUUCUUUUUCAGUUUUUCGUUUUGCAGUUUUGAUAAGUUGUCACUGUAGAAGAGACGUUGGGCAUCUUCGCACAUGGCCGUUGUUCACGUCCCCUGAUAUUAUUUAUUAAAACAUAAAUAAUCAAAUACUAUUUGGCAAUUUGAAUAACCAAGUAUUCUGAUCAGCCAAUGCUGAUAGAGAAGCUUAUAUACAUGCAGACCCCUUCAGAUAUAAUAAUGGAUAACACUCAAAUAUCGAAUGAAAUGCCAGUUGUUGCUGAAGUAUCGGUGGAAGCAAAGAGAGAUCUACAACCAGGAAACAAACGUUAUCAUUGUACACAUGAAGGCUGCACAGCUGCUUUUGGUAAACCAUCAAGACUAGUGCAGCAUGAGAGAAUUCAUUCUGGUGAUCGGCCAUUUCAAUGCCAGCAAUGUGAUCAAAGUUAUACAAGGGCAUUUCACCUAAAACGACAUGUUUCAAUUGCACAUGAGCAGUUGGCUGUUCAGAUUUUCUUGUGCCCUAUAGAAACCUGUAAAAAACAGUUUGUUUCGAGACAGAAAAUGGAGCGACACCAUCAAAGUGUUCAUUCUCCACAUGCCCUAAAAUGUCCAUCAUGUGAAAAAACCUUUAAGAAGAGCCAACAAUUGAGGAUCCAUCAGUAUCAGCACACAGGAAUUUUACCCUACCAUUGUGAAUAUGAAGGGUGUGGCAAGAGCUUUCUAUUGCCUAGUAGACUGAGAGCACAUGCAAAAACCCAUAAGGGAUAUGUUUGUGAUGCAGAAGGAUGUGAUCAGCAUUUUCCUAUUUGGAGUGCAUUAAGAAAACAUAAACUUGAAGCCCAUGCCCAAAAACAUAUUUGCACAAUAUGUAAUUCAACAUUCAAAAGACCUGGUUUCUUGAAAUCACACCAGAAAAUGCAUCAACCUACAAGAGAAAUUUUUCAUUGUCCCUUUGAAAACUGCUCAAGGAAGUUCUAUUAUAAAAAUAAUCUCAAAUCGCAUAUUGACAAUUAUCAUAAUCCUGGUCAGUAUCAAUGUAAACAAGAAGGAUGCGGCAAAGUCUUCAUUAGAAAGGCUAGUCUGGUAUCACACGCUGCACGACACAAAUUGCCUACUGCAGGCACUAAAAGUGAGGAUACACGAAUUACUCGUAGAUCUCAAAAAGUCCGUAGCGACAAAGGCCAGCCGAAGAAAGCCAUGGCUUCAAUCCUUUCAGGGCAAAAAAUUUCGAACUCUGAAAGUAAGCUUAUUAUGAGAAGCUUGGAAUAGUACUAAGUACAAAGGUUGUUGAGAUUAUGUUACAUAUAAUGGAAAACACGCAUAAAAACGUAGUUUACCAUAAUCAUCGUUGUGUCCUAACCGCGCUUGAUGCAUUGUUCAGCUGUUAAUUCCGUUUCAGU